UUGACUCAGAAAUGGCUAGCUUCAAUCACACUGGUGUUAACCAUGUAGUCUUCUACCUGUUGGGAAUUCCAGGCCGAGAAGACCUACACAUGUGGAUUUCCAUCCCCUUCCUCAUCUCCUAUGUCUUUGCUCUCCUUGGAAAUGGUCUGCUCAUCUUCAUUAUCCUCAUCAAGAGCAGCCUCCAUGAACCUAUGUAUCUUUUUCUCUGCAUGCUGGCUGGAGUUGACAUUGUCUUUGCCACAACCACAGAACCCAAGGCAUUGGCCAUUUUCUGGUGCAAUAGUAGGGAGAUCUCUCUUAAUAGCUGCAUUGCCCAGCUCUACUUCCAGCAUUCCUCCUUUAUUUCUGAGUCAGGCAUCUUGCUGAUGAUGGCAUUUGACCGCUACAUUGCAAUAUGUUAUCCACUGAGAUACACCAUGAUACUCCCCCACUCUCUGAUAGGGAAAAUUGGUGUGGCUGUUUUCAUGAGAGCACACUGUACAAUUUUUCCCAUGAUAUUUCUUCUGAAGAGGCUGACUUUUUGCAGAAAUAACAUCCUACCACAUACAUUCUGUGAACACAUUGGCUUGGCCAAGUAUGCCUGUGAUGAUAUCCAUGUAAAUAUCUGGUAUGGAUUUUUUGUUUUAAUGUCAACAGUGAUCCUAGACAUUGUCCUCAUUUUUGUUUCCUAUACUCUGAUUCUCCGUGCUGUCUUUCGUAUCCCUUCCCGAGACGCUCGCCACAAAGCUCUCAACACAUGUGGUUCCCAUGUCUGUGUCAUUGUCCUUUUUUAUGGGCCUGGGAUCUUCUCUGUUCUCACUCAGCGCUUUGGCCGUCACAUCCCGCUACAUGUCCAUAUCCUGUUGGCCAAUGUCAGCAUGCUUGCUCCACCUAUGCUGAAUCCCAUCAUUUAUGGGGUCAGAACAAAACAGAUAAGAGACCAAGUGUUUUAUGUAUUGUUUCCAAAGCAGAAAUAA